ACUAGCCGAUGUGCGUUCUCAGCUUUCUUCCUGGUGUUCAUGGCGUGUGCGCAGUCGGUGAAGUUCGUGAACACCAACAACACGAUCGUGAAGGACAUCACCUCGCUCAACAGCAAGUUCUUCCACAUGGCGCUGCUGGGCUGCCACAACUUCAAGGGGAGCGGCAUCACCAUCACCGCCCCGGCCACCAGCCCCAACACCGACGGCAUCCACCUGGAGGGCAACUCGGGGGUGACCAUCGCCAGCUCCAAGAUCAGGACCGGAGACGACUGCGUCUCGAUCGGCCACGGCAACUCCUUCGUCACCAUCUCCGGCAUCACCUGCGGCCCUGGCCGUGGCAUCAGUGUCGGAAGCCUGGGGAGGUACAAGGACGAAGAGGAUGUACAGAACAUCGUGGUGAAGGACAGCAAGCUCAUCGGGACGAUGAACGGAGUGCGCGUGAAGACCUGGGCCAACUCGCCGGUCAAAACCAGCGCCAUCAACAUGACCUUUGAGAACCUGGUGAUGAGGAACGUCGGCAAUCCCAUCGUCAUCGACCAGACGUACUGCCCCUACGACAAGUGCGACAACUCGGUGAGCGAUGAAGCGACACUCUUCGUACUCGUAUUCUUAUCGUGGUCCUGCUGUGGAUGGAAGAGAUUUCUUAUGCAUGCAGGUGUGGUCCAAGGUGAAGCUUACCGACGUCCACUUCAGGAACAUAAAGGGGACGACGACGUCACCGGUGGCGGUGACGUUGAAGUGCAGCAAGGGGAUGCCUUGCGAGAAGCUCAGCCUCCACGACGUCAACCUCCAACACGCCGGUCCCGGGAACACAUCCUCCACCUGUCUCAACGUCAAGGCAGAGUACAGUGGCACAAACAACCCCCCACCGUGCGAGUAAUACAUAUAGCAUGGAUAACUAAUUUACUAGGCAUAUACAAGUGUUUUGGCAUCCAUCUAGCCAACAAAGUGAGGCAGGGCUACAAGAUGGGAUGAUAUGAUGAGAGUUGUAAGACUUGAGAAC